GCGUGCAUAGUUUUUCCGGUCGGGAUUGUUUACCUGAGAAUUUAGAAUUUUUCGAUAUUCCAACCAGCAGCCUUAGCUCAACCAACUACCAUGUCUCGACGUCCAAGUAGAGCCUCCAUAACAGAUGGGGACUUUAUCCUUGACUGUAAGGCUGCCUAUUCAGAGGUGAUGGAUGAUGUCAGAAAAAAAAUCACAAGCAAGUCUCUUCUCCUUCAAGCUUUACAAGAAAGCGGUAGAAAUCCAUCUGAACGUGUGUUAAAAAAAUACUGGAAUUCUGAAACUGAGAGUCUGUCAUUUGAUGAUUUUGUUGAUAUCUGUCGAAAAGUGGUCAUCACAAGUGAAGAGGAAAUGAUGAAAGCUUUCAAAAAGAUUGACAUAAAUGGAGACGGUUUCCUUACCCUCGACGAACUCCGCAGAAUUAUGACCUCAAAUGGAGAAAAGAUGACAAGACAAGAGGUACAAGAAAUAAUAGAUGAGGUUGAUGAAAAUGGUGACGGUAAACUGGAUUUUAAGGAGAGGAAAUUUUACUAUGAACAGUUCUGCAAUAUGAAUAAAAAUACAGCAGACCAGCUUCGACAACAAAACCGAAAACGCCUAGAAAGGAAAGAAAGAGAUCGGAAAAGCAAGAAAACUGAAAGUUUCUCCGACUCAAAGAGAGGUGACGUUGCCUCUAUGGGCUCACAGAUAUCCAUGAAAUCAAAUUCAUCACAACGCACAUCGAGGAAAACGAUGGGAUCAUCUGCGUCCAUUAAAUCUGAAAUUUCUCUAGAGGAUGGAGGAACAUCCACUAGCAAAAUGAUGGGGUCAUGUUCUUCCAUACGGUCAGAUUCCACCCUGAAGGCAUCAGAACAUGAUGAGGAGGAUAUCAUGGAGGAAAUUCCGGAGGAUUUAGAGGAAGAUGACGACGAUGAUGACAUUCAGACUACCAUGACACCAUCAGACGUCAGACGACACAGCAUCAGAUCCUCUGGGUCGUCUUUCAAACGCAGCACAGAAUCUGAGUUGGGGUCAAAGACUUCAUUAAGAUCAUCGAGGGGGUCAUCUGCCUGUUCUUAUAAUACAAGGCACAGGAAACAUGAUGAUGAUGAGGAGGCCGAGGAGGUAGAGGACGAGGAGGAAGAGGUUGUAAUGACAUCCUCGAGGAGAAGAAGUAGUGGCUCUAGGACAGACUUAUCUUCAUCAUUUAAGUCUCGUCUAAAAAGCUCUGGGGAGUUAAUUCAUGGUUCACAUACGUCAUUAAGAUCAGCCGGUAUGUCUGGAUCAAGGAGAUCUUUGCUGAGCGUUGGUGAGAAGGAUCCUAGUAGUACACCUGUCCCUGCACAACGAAAAACUCUUUCUCGUUCUGUCUUAGCUGAAGAUGACAUGCCACGACCUUCACCGAGGACACACAAAAAAGGACAGCCCGUCAAACAUAUCCCAGCAAGCAAACUAGGUCAACUCACUGAUCAGCCGAAAAAUAAAGGGGACUGGACCAAAGUUAGUAACAAAGGCUGUUUCUUUGUUGAUGAUGAGGAUGGUCUGAUGACUCACAUCUACAGACUUACCCUGAAGGAGAGGAGUAAAGUCUGGAUCACCAUUCAACCAACAUCACCACAGUCCAUGAUAAUAGGUGAUGUGACCCCGAUAGAUACCAUGUUGCUUAUCACCAAAAAGAAGCCAGAUGCUGAGGGAAGAUCAGUAGUCGCAUUCACAGAGAAACGUGACGGCAAAGGAAAAUAUGGCGUGAUGUGUGAGUUGAAGGCUGGGACGUACAACCUGCUACCAUUUACGACGGGCUGUAACCUAAAGCCUCGUCGCUCAGACUCCUCAAAGGAAACACCAUUGGUUCGAAAAAAAGAUGGAAAAACCACCAUCACUAAAGCAUUCAGGAAAGCAUUGGUGGAGAUAUUUGAGCUCAGUGACUUGGACAGCAACGGCACGCUGAGUCGAGAUGAGUUCACAUGGUUUACGAUGAGGACUAGUGGGGACAAGGUCAGCGAUGAUGAAUGGGAGGUGGUUACAGAAACUGUGGAGUUACAGGACGAUGAAGUUACUGAAAAAGGAUUUCUGAAACUUAACGAGAUGGAAGCAGAUGAUGUAGACGAUGACAUCAGUGACCUGUGGGUGACUUUACACUCAAUGGGCUACAAUAAGGAUUUAUUUAUAGAUGAGGCAUGUCCAUUCAAACUAGAUGUUUUUGCUGAAAACUGUGAUGAUGCUGACGUGUCCCUUACCUGUACAGGAAUAGAAACAAUCAACAAUGACAAGAUAAUUGAAACUGUUAUGGAACAGAAUGAAGCAGUAAAGAUCAAAAGCAUGGUGUACAUGUAUACAUAUGCUAAUGACACAAGGUCAACAGUGGUUCUAGAGAACAAGUCGACCAACCGAGUGAAGAUAUCAAUGGACUGCACAAGCAGUAAGAAUUGUCAGAUAAAUCGUGACAAGGAGGAAUAUAUCAUCACCCUUGACCCCGAUGAUAAACAGAUCGCACACCACUUGAUGCCAUUGGACGAGACUUUGGACUGGACUCCACGUUGUGUAGAAACUGUCACCAAAUAACAGCAGGAACAAACUAGGCCUACAGAUAUAUUUUUACAGCAACCAUCCCGUCCAUUUACAUAAGAUACAUAAUAUCAAUUUUAUCGUCAACAUUUGUUCAGUGGUAUAAUUGUAGUUUUAUUAAAACUGAAAGUAUGGCAUAUGUUUAGUGUUUGUAGUUUCUGGUAAAAGACAUGCUUUCAUUAUUGAUACAGUUUUUCCACAUUUAGGGACUUAUUUAUAUACAUUGUAUAUUGGAAAUAUUUUAGAUUUUUUGUUUUUAGGAUUCUUUGUUCCUAAUGAGUGUAGGACACCAAUAGAAUUACAGUGAAUACUGCCAAGGAUUACUUCCCCUGGUUUUAAUGAUUUCUCUUUCAUUAAAAUCAACAUAUCAUUGUACAGAUGGGUUACUUUACUUUCCAAUCUGUUCAUCAAAUGUAUUAUAAUUUUGAAGGCAGUUACCAAGAUAAAUGCUAUUUAAAGAUUUUCGGAAAACAAGCGAUCAAGAUUUUAUUUUGUUGAGAUGAUGCCGCUGCCAAGAUGACGAUGAAGAAAUAUUUCAUUUAAUACAGAGAUUAAUAGGUGAUCCUAAGAAUAUUCUGUGCCUUAAUUCAUGAUAAAGAUGGUACUGAAACACAGACCCUUUCAUUGUAGCAAUGGUGCAAGUCAAAUAUCGAAACAAUUACAAUAUUUUGACAAUACUUGUAUUUUAUGAGGAGAAAUUUCUUUGAGGUUAGUGUUCUCACCACAGGAAAGCAACAAGUUAACUGAUUCUGAAAACAACACUUGUCAGAGGAGAUUACUUUAAGGAUUUUUUGUUUCUUUGUUUUUUGGAAUUUUUUUUUUUUUUGUUAGAUAACUAAAAAUUUGAAAAGUACAGGCAGGUCAAUUUAUGUGUGAUUUUAGUAUGGAGAAUAUCAAAGAUGAUUACUUAAGAUUUCAGGGUUGUCCUUUGUCUUAGGUAUCCAUGGCAACAAGUACAUUACCCCUUAAAUGGAGUAGUAUCUGGUAAUAGUAAUUAUCUCUCUAGUAUGACACUGUACAAGCCUAAUACUGAUAUCAAUAUUUAGAAGAUAAACAAUUUUAAUGCUAUAUAUAGAUGAAUUUUUUCUCCCAUUUUUAACAAAAAUGCUUUUGUUUGUUUCUAGAUUUCAAAUAACAGAAUGGGAACUUUCCAGAAAUACUUUUUCUUUUGUGUAGAUGUGUUUGCUGUUUACUCUGUUAUUUUACCAUAAGCAGGCAUGCAGAAUUGGACUCUUUUUAUACAUAGGAUUUUGAUGUAGAAUGUGAUGAAACACUUUCUGAAGUCUUAUUAAUUAACUACUAUUUCACGACAAUUGUAUUAUUGUUCAAGUAUGUAUUUGUAUCUUCUUCAAAAUAUUUAUUGAUGUACAAAUUGUAUAGUGUACAAUUUGUAAGUUUGAUAAAUAACCAUUGAAACUAAAGAAUUUCUUUGGUUCAAGGUUGGAAAAAUUUAAAUAGCCAUCACUUGUUAUAGAUUUGAGUUUGAUAAACUUGAUAUAUAUAAUUACCCCUGCUCAGAACAAUUUUCUAUCAGUGACCAUGGGGAAAUUGCUUACCUAGCCUUGGUUUUCAUACUUGGAUUUUGAUACAUUAUACAUGAUAACCAACCAUUAUAUGUACAGGAGUCUACAUUUAUACCACAAACCUAAGACCAUCUACAAGACGUGUAUAUUCUGUUAGUGUAGAUACUCAUUUUCUACACCUUUUGAAAGCUUACGUUUGAGAUGAUUGUUCCUUACACAGAUUGUUAAUAUUGUAAACACAUUUUAGCAGUGAUCUUAUUUAAUGCUUUUGCACUGAAAAUAUUUUGCUAAAAUAAAGUUGUGGUAUUGCAGUUUCUGUAUAUAGAUCAUAUCAUCAUAUAGCAACUUUUUUGGACAUGCUAGAUAUCAUUUGGCUAAUUAACCAAAUAAGUGAUUAUGUGCUGGAAAAUUUAACAUGUUUAUCAAUAGUAGACAGACUUUUCUACCACAAUAGAUGUGUGUUAUUCAACCCCAAAGGCAUCAAUUAAUCAUUCCAAUUGUUGUAUAAACAUAAAACGUUAUACCACAUAUGGUUUAACAAUUUAGCUUGUUUGAACACCUGACAGAGUGAACCUUGACCCAAUGGGUGCUUCAUUUACUCACAGAAAUUAGAACAUUCAGUAAAAUGUUCACGAUUGUUUUUGCAAUAAUUUAAUUUUUUCUGGAUUUCACUCUUUCUUCUGCUUUGAAGAUAAGAUUUGUGACGAGUUACAAUAACUUGAUGCGUUUCUGAAAUUGUCAGCUUUUCCUGUCAAUUAAACAGAUUUCGCUAAUGGUCAUAUCAUUACGCCCCAACUGAUAAUGUAAACAAACACAUAUGGGUAAAUUUUCAUUGUAGUUAAGACAGAUCACACAAACUUGUAGUUGCUUUAUAUGAUACUCCUUUUACUCUUGUUAGUAUUUUUCCAAAUAGUUCCAAAAAUAUGCACUAAAGCUUGUGUAUUUUGUGACUUUUGAAAAAAUAACUACAUUGUAUAACCUCUAUUUUAUAUAUCCAUUGUUUGUAGAAAGUGUGUCACCCUUUACCAUGCUACAAUGAACAAAAUCAUUUUGAAGUUUGGCACUAUUAAACAUUAUGCCUUAACAUGAAGUACAGGAAAAUCAGGGUUGUUGUGGGGUUCAAGAGGUAGGACGUUGAAUAGUAAUAAGUAACGUUGUUAUGAUGUUUUUCCUUGUCUGUGAUAUUUUCUAUAAUUAUUAUUGUGUAUAUAUGGCUAUUUAAUUGUGCCAUGGCUGAGUUAACAUGUUGUGGUGACACAGUCGUGAUUCACACUUAGUUUAUCUGUUAUAACAAUUUUUUUACUAUUUUCAUUACCAUCGUCUAAAAUUAGAAAUCUCAUGAUGGCCCACAUCUAUUGGUGUGCCGUAGAUAUUAGAUAAUAAAUAAGUAUAAGUAUCAA